AUGCCGGGUAGAACCUUGCCAGUCUUCUCCCUCGCCGAACUCAAAUUGCAUACAACGGAGAAAUCGUGUUACGUGACACGGGGCUCAAAGGUCUACGACGUGAGCUCUUUUCUUAACGAUCACCCUGGCGGAGGCGAAUUGAUACUGCACUAUGCCGGCCAAGAUGUUUCCGAAAUCAUGCAUGAUAUCCCCUCCCACGACCACUCUGAGGCCGCGUAUGAGAUUCUGGAAGAGUAUCAUGUUGGAUUUUUGGAAUGCACUCCAUCCUUAUCCAACAUGAACGGCAAUGGUGCUACGCACGCUUCAAAUGCAAACGGGUUACCAAAUGGAGUCAAGCCAGUCUACAGCUCUACGGGAAUGUCAGGCGAGGAGGAUCUCUCUGUCGAGACCGACCUGACUGCGGAUUAUCGGACACAUAAGUUCCUUGAUCUAAACCGACCGCUCUUCGGACAGCUGUGGAAUGGUGGUUUCUCCAAAGAAUUUUAUCUGAAGCAGGUCCACCGUCCAAGACAUUACAAAGGCGGCGAAUCCGCUCCCCUGUUUGGCAAUUUUCUGGAGCCUUUGACGAAGACUGCGUGGUGGGUGGUUCCAACGGUUUGGUUCCCGCCAGUGGCCUACGGGACGGUUGUGGGCUUUUGUGGCUUGCAGAAUUUCAUUAUAGCCUCCGCAUACUGGCUACUGGGUCUGUUCCUUUGGACCCUGGCUGAGUACAGUCUACAUCGCUUUGUCUUUCACAUCGAUAAAUACCUCCCAGAUAACCGCGUUGGCCUCUGCCUACACUUCCUCUUGCAUGGCAUCCACCACUACCUCCCAAUGGACAAGUACCGUCUGGUCAUGCCCCCAUCUCUAUUCAUCGCUCUCGCAAUCCCCUUCUACUAUCUGGCAAAAAUCGUAUUUUUCUACAACUGGUACGCCGCCGUAACAGUUUACUCGGGCGGAAUAUUUGGAUAUGUUUGCUACGAUAUGACACACUAUUUCCUUCAUCAUCGCAAUCUCCCAUACUACUAUAAAGAACUCAAGAAAUAUCAUCUCCAACACCAUUUCGCUGAUUACGAAAAUGGCUUUGGCGUCAGCAACCGCUUCUGGGAUAAAGUUUUUGGAACGGAACUUCCACCUCUCCAGCCAGUCAAGGUUGAAUGA